UUUGCAGGAUCUUUCACCGGCCUCUAGGUGUCACGAUGGGGCUCGGUCUCCACAGCUCGUGCAAGAGUGUUUGUCUCCCUCUAUCGUUUUUGAAAAACCUUCCGAAAUAUGCUUAAAUGUCCAAACAUGUCAAAAACGGCUCACAAUUGUGUGUUUUCCGGUCACUCCCGAGAAAAUGUGGCGAACGGGUGAUUUAAAGGCAGGAUGAUGGUUAUAGAGUUUAGGCCGAGGCGUCCAUUUUCUGCCCUCUUUUGUUUCCCGUCUUUCCGCCUCUGACGCCAUGCAGCUAGCGGGCUGUGUCGCAGGCCCGAACCCGCUCUGCGGCUGCCGGUGCUCCCGCUCCACACAAACAAACACUCAGACGAGAUGCGAAGCCGGACCGCCCGUCACCGUAUGCGGCCCAGCAUGACUUUAACCGUCUGUACUUCGGGCGCGGGAAGCGGUGGACGUUCGCGGUUUAGCUCGGCUCAGGCCUCCCCGCUCCUCAGGCAUAAUAGGUGCGUCAGCGGGGCCGCAUCUGCUCGUCAAUCGCCCUAAUAGGUGACAAACAUCUACCAACAUGGAGGUGAGCUGUGGUUCCGGCAGCAUCCCGGCACCACGGUCUUCCCGCCACACGGUUAGGGUCCGGCCGGCGCGGAGCCCGCGAGGACGACGCGGCCGCGGAAACGCGCCCCAAUCAAUCACUGCAGCUCAAAAAGCCCGAACUCUCCCCGUCCACGAGCCGUGUUCCACAAUCCACAGUCGCCCCCGGCCGUGUUCGUGACCCGUGGAGACGAGCUGCGUCUUCAGCGGCUGCUGCGCCCGCUCGUCUCUUGCUCUUAGCCCACCGGGAGGCUCGGAGCCGCAGACACAUGUUCCAGCGGAGAGCUCCCUCUACGACUCGGCUCGGAGAGCUACAAAAACACUCAUCAAUGUGGAGGCAGGAGAUGCCCCACGCCGGUCACGGUCACGCUGUGCAGCAUUUCUCUGCAGACCCCAGUCAGAGUUUAAAUAGCAGCAUUUUUGGGUGUCCUGCAUGCAGCUGUUUGAUCAGUUUCCACCUGAGGAAGACUCCAGGAGAGGAAGUCAUCACGGCUCCAAUUGGAGAACCAAUGGUCUGUUUCAUAAUGGAUGUUAGUUUUCCUGAGGAGAGCUUCCUGGCUGCAGUGGGAGGAUGUCCACGUGAGGGUUGUAGGGUCAGGCUCCUGUUUCAUGGAAUGAGGUACAGACUAUGAACCCUCCUGACCAGGAUCUUCUGAGGACCUUUAGGACCAUCAACAGUUCCUCAUGGUGCACGUGAAGGCUUCAUGUGGUUUACAGGGAUGGUCCAAGUGGGAAGUGAAGCAGUCAGGCUGAUCAGAACCUUCUAUCAGAUAGUUCUCCCCCACUGUUUCAUGUUUAUCUGCGUUGAAUAUUUAACAGAGAAACUAAUAAUUAAACUUUUUUUUCUUUCUAGUGUGUUUUUUGUGUGCAGAAAUGACACAACACUUUUAUCGAUCCAGGAUUGUGGAGUCCUUUAAUGCAGCGGUCCCCAAGCCAUGGGCCGGUACCGGUCCGUGGGUCAUUUGGUACCAGGCCGCACAGACAGAAUAAAAAACGUUUGGGAUCUUGCCAGCAUGGACGGCGGGUCAGCUGAGGGCGUGGUGGAUGUCCCGUCCAUUCAGGCUGUUCACAGCCAGGAUGCCAUGGUGGCCGACCUCCUCCAGCAAGCUGCAGAGGCCGGGGGGGUGGUGCAGGGGCAGGCUGGAGUUGGGCUAGAACAAGGUCAUGGGGAGCAAAUGAUGGUGGCAGGGCAGACCCAGCAGCAGCUCAUGGAUGCUGGGGUGGGGGUUGCUGUGGACGGUGGAGCGGGCGUGGACAUGAUGGUGAUGGACUCGUUGGAUCCCACCCUGCUGCAGAUGAAGACGGAGGUGAUGGAUGCUGCCGUGGGGGCGUCCUCCCCCUCAGCAGCCGUGGUUGGGGGCGUGGCAGGUGCUGCUCAUCAAGCCACAGUGACAACGGUGGACCAGACGCAGAUCAUAACUCUGCAGGUGGUGAACAUGGAGGAGCAGGCGGCGCUGGGGAUCGGGGAGCUGCAGCUGGUCCAGGUGCCUGUGUCUGCCACCACCGUGGAGGCCCUGCAGCAAGGAACCUUUGUAGACGCCAGUUCAAUUCCAAAAGAUGGAGACCCAGUCAUCUGUCACACGCUGCCUCUUCCUGAGGGCUUCCAGGUAGUCAAGGUGGGAGCCAACGGGGAGGUGGAGACAGUGGAGCAGGAGGAGGAAGCUGAAGUCCACGCUGAAGAUGAAGAUGAUGAGGAGGUGGGCAACCAGCUGCUGGAAGAGGGGGAGGAGGAGCCCAUGCAGCCUCCAAACAAUGACCCAAGCUGGGCUAAAGACCCUGACUACCAGCCUCCAUCUGGGGUGGUCAAGAAGGUUAAAAAGGGGAAAAAGAGUCGCCUGCGUUAUGCUGAGGGCGAUAAGGACAUGGAUGUCAGCGUGUACGACUUUGAAGAGGAGCAGCAGGAGGGCCUUCUGUCAGAGGUUAACGCUGAGAAGGUGGUGGGCAACAUGAAGCCGCCCAAACCCACCAAGAUCAAGAAAAAAGGUGUGAAGAAGACGUUCCAGUGCGAGCUGUGCAGCUACACGUGCCCACGCCGCUCCAACCUGGACCGCCACAUGAAGAGCCACACGGACGAGAGGCCUCACAAGUGUCACCUGUGCGGGAGAGCCUUCCGGACGGUCACCCUGCUGAGAAACCACCUCAACACGCACACAGGAACACGGCCGCACAAAUGCACGGACUGUGACAUGGCCUUUGUGACCAGCGGGGAGCUGGUUCGUCACAGACGCUACAAACACACGCAUGAGAAACCCUUCAAGUGCUCCAUGUGUGACUAUGCCAGUGUGGAGGUGAGCAAACUGAAGCGCCACAUCCGAUCCCACACUGGCGAGCGGCCCUUCCAGUGCAGCCUCUGCAGCUACGCCAGCAGAGACACGUACAAGCUGAAGAGACACAUGAGGACGCACUCCGGGGAGAAACCCUACGAGUGCUACAUCUGCCACGCCCGCUUCACCCAGAGCGGAACCAUGAAGAUGCACAUCCUGCAGAAGCACACAGAGAAUGUGGCCAAGUUCCAUUGUCCUCACUGCGACACGGUCAUCGCUCGCAAAAGUGACCUGGGGGUCCAUCUUCGAAAGCAGCACUCGUUUAUUGAGACUGGAAAGAAGUGCCGCUACUGCGACGCCGUUUUCCACGAGCGCUACGCUCUGAUCCAGCACCAAAAGUCCCACAAGAACGAGAAGAGGUUCAAAUGCGACAUGUGUGACUACUGCUGCAGACAGGAGCGGCACAUGGUGAUGCACCGUCGGACCCACACCGGAGAGAAGCCGUUUGGCUGCAGCCAGUGUGAGAAGACCUUCAGGCAGAAGCAGCUGCUGGACAUGCACUUCAAGCGUUACCACGACCCCAACUUCGUCCCCACCGCCUUUGUUUGCCCCAAGUGCAGCAAGACGUUCACUCGGAGGAACACCAUGGCGAGGCAUGCUGAGAACUGCAGUGGGGAGGUGGACGAUGCAGAAAACGGAGCCCCCACCCCCAAAAAAGGCAGGAGGGGCCGAAAGAAAAAGAUGAGGAGCCGGAGAGAUGAGGACGACAGUGAUGAGGACCAGCUGGAGCCGGACGACGAGGACGAGGCUGAGGAGGAGGAGGAGGCUUCCCUGCUACUGGAGGAAGAUGAGCCAGAGAGCUUGGAACUGGACCAAGCCCCAGCUGCCGUCCCAGUCCCGGCGCCCGAAGAACCGCCGGUCAAGAGAAAACGAGGCCGACCCCCUAAGAACGCCCCCAAAGUCCCCGCUCCCAGCAAGCCCGUCAGAACGCCGAGCAAAACAUCCUCUGCCGCUGCCGUCAUUCAGGUGGAGGAUGAGAGCACCGGGGCCGUGGACAUUAUUGUAAAGAAGGAGGAGGCCGACGGCGCUGCGGAGGCUCCCCUUCAGGGGGGCGUGGCUCUGGCUGUGGAGGAUGCCGCCAUGGACGCAGAGGGGGCGGAGACUGUGGAGCUGGCUGACGGCGAGGAAACGGUGGCAGCUGCCAAUGGAGACCUGACGCCGGAGAUGAUCCUGAGCAUGAUGGACCGGUGAACGGCACACACUGGGCACCUGUGGACGGGUCUGCUUGGUUUCUAGUGUACAUGUGUACGAGUGUAUCUGGAUGCCCCCACCCCAGUGUUCACCCAGAACUCUGGCCCCCGUUCAGCUGACCAGAUCAAGCCUUCAUCAGCUUCACUCUCCUUUUUACUUCGUUUUUCCAAUGUCGGUGGACUCGUCAAAAUUGGGUCAACUUGUGCUCCUCUCUGGUGGGGGCAAAGGAACAGGACCCUGUCCCUGUGUGCGGUUUGUGGUCCCUCUGCCUGCAGGAGAGCCUGACCCUGCCCCCCCAGCUGCUCUGGUUUCACUGAUGUCUUCCUGUAGCUUCCUGUCCUGGGCCCCCGGCCGUGCUUGUGGUUGUGAGAGCUCUGCAGGGCCCCCCCAGCCUGGGUUUGGGUGGGGGGGCUGGUCGAUUCUUCUCCUGUAGUUCAGAUAUCCAACAUUCCAGACGUGGGGUGUCUGUUGAGGCGCGAGAACCAACCAUGUUAGCUUGUAAAUACUCCUCCUGAUCCCUAUAAUGUUUCUAAGCUGCUUCAGACUCAUGGAUUCUUUUUCAUAAACUUGUUUGUGUUUUUCUCUGAGCUGCCCCACUGUCUUCUGUUUGGUGAGACAGCUGACUGCUCCUCUGCUGUCAGUCCUCCACCCCUCACUGCGUCUGUAAUGAGCUGUUCAGAGGACUCUUUCUUAUAAAAUACCAUGUAUUAACCACUCAGACAAACAUGAAUGAUGGAAGGAAUCACACACAGACAAUAAAGUGGUUUGAAUCCAGA